AGUUUGGACCAAGAGGAACCAGAACAUUUGCAGAUAAAAGAAGAGCAGCAAGAACCAGAACAUCCCUGGACAAAAGAGGAAACCAUGGAGCUCCCCAUUAGUGAGCAGGAAGAGCAGCUUGUUCUGAAGAAGGAGGAAACUUUCCCAUGCUUGACCUGUGGAGAAAACUUUCUUAUAAAAGCACAAUUAAUGGAUCACAUGAGAACCCACACAGACCACCUGCAGGAUUAUGUUGGAAAAGAGGAGGAUUUCUCUGACCAGCAGCUCUGUGGACAGGAGGGGAAUUCCAAUUUGGACCAAGAGGAAGCAGAACCUGUGCAGAUAAAAGAAGAGCAGCAAGAACCAGAACAUCCCUGGACAAAAGAGGAAACCAUGGAGCUCCCCAUAAGUGAGCAGGAAGAGCAACAUGUUCUGAAGAAGGAGCCGGAAGAUACAGAACAGAAAUAUUUCCCAUGUGCCAAAAAAGAACAUUUAAUGGUUCAUAUGAGGUCUCACACAGGUCAGAAGAUUUAUGAAUGUCUGUGUUGUGGAAAAAGCCUCACUAAGAAAUGUCAUCUUGAUUCACACAUCAGAAUUCACACAGGGGAGAAGCCUUUUUCCUGUACAAUUUGUAGUAAAAGUUUUACACUAAAAAGUCAUUUGACUUCUCACAUGAGAAUUCACACAGGCGAGAAGCCUUUUGAAUGUCUGUCCUGUGGAAAAAGGUUCAACUCUAAGUCUGAUCUCAAAUAUCACAUCCUGAUUCAUACAGAUGAGAAGCCUUUUUUAUGCAGGAUUUGUGGUAAAAGUUUUAUUAGAAAGGGUAAUUUGACUAAACACACGAGAAUUCAUACAGGUGAGAAACCUUUUGAAUGUCUGUCUUGUGGAAAAAGCUUCACUCAGAAAUCUGAUCUUGAAAGACACAUCAAAAUUCACACAGGUGAGAAGACUUUUUCCUGUACCAUUUGUAAGAAGAACUUUACUGUAAAAAGUAGUUUAACUACUCACAUGAGAAUUCACACAGGUGAGAAGCCUUUUGAAUGUUCGUCCUGUGGAAAAAGCUUCACUCAAAAAUGUGAUCUUGAAAGACACAUCAGAAUUCACACAAGUGAGAAACCUUUUUCCUGUACAAUUUGUAACAAGAAUUUUAUUGACCUGGGUAAUUUGACUUCUCACAUGAGAAUUCACACAGGUGAGAAGCCUUUUGAAUGUCUAUUCUGUGGAAAAAGCUUCACUCAGAAAUCUCAUCUUAAUACACACAUCAGAAUUCACACAGGGGAGAAACCUUUUUCCUGCACGAUUUGUGGCAAAAGUUUUACUAAAAAAAGUCAUUUGACUAGACACAUGGGAAUUCACACAGGUGAGAAACCAUACUCCUGAAUGAUUUGUGACAGAGGUUUUAAUCGAGAAGGUAAUUUGAAUUUUCAGAUUACAUUUAUUUAUUGAUAAUGUGGAAUGAUUCAUAUUUUUAAAUAAACAAUUGUUUUACAUAAGUCACAGCAGUUAGACGCAGUUAGAAAUUUUUUUAAGGUGGUAAUAAAAGACCAUAUAGGGCUCGGGAUCUAAGUUGCAUUGUGGGAUGGGGCGGCCAUGUUGAAUGCUAUGCUCUGAUAGCAUAGCUCCGAUAGCUUAGCUCUUAUACCGGAGCUCCGGUAGCAUCGCUCCGAAAGCACAGCUCCGACACAACGUUGUGAGAGAAAAAAAAGAUGUUAAAAUCCCGAAAAGGAUCUGGAAAUUACCAGGACACGUUAAAUAAAGAAGCCAGGGACCGGUAUGUUGAAAAAAAAUCAGCAUUAUUAAUGAUGUGGAUCC